AUGACCCCCACCCGCACGGCCCUGCUCUGCCUCGGGCUGAGUGUGGGCCUGAGGACCCAGGUGCAGGCAGGCACCCUCCCCAAACCCACCAUCUGGGCUGAACCAGGCUCUGUGAUCCCCUGGGGGAGCCCCGUGACCAUCUGGUGUCAGGGGACCCGGGGGGCCCAGGAGUUCUUUCUCGAUAAAGAGGGAAGCUCAGCCCCCUGGGACACACAUAGCCCACUGGAGCCCGGGGUCAAGGCCAAGUUCUCCACCCCACACAUGACAGAGCCCUACGCAGGGAGACACCACUGUUACUAUUUCAGUCUCACUGGCUGGUCAGAGCACAGUGACCCCCUGGAGCUGGUGGUGACAGGAGCCCACAGCAAACCCACCCUCUCAGCCCUGCCCAGCCCUGUGGUGACCUCAGGAGGGAACGUGACCCUCCAGUGUGUCUCAGGGGAGGGACUGGACAGGUUGAUUCUGAUUAAGGAAGGAGAACACAAGUCCUCCCGGACCCUGGACGCACAGCAACGCCCCGAUGGGAAGACUCAGGCCCUGUUCCCUGUGGGCCCCGUGACCCCCACACACAGGUGGACGUUCAGAUGCUACGGCUGUAACAGGGACACCCCCCAGGUGUGGUCGGAACCCAGUGAGCCCCUGGAGCUCCUGGUCGCAGGUGUGUCUGGGAAGCCCUCCCUCCUGACCCCACAGGGCCCUGUCGUGGCCUCUGGACAGAACCUGACCCUCCAGUGUCGCUCUGAUGUCGGCUACGACAGAUUCGCUCUGUCCAAGGAGGGGGGACAGGACCUCCCCCAGCGCCCUGCCCGGCAGCCCCAGGCUGGGCUCUCUCAGGCCGACGUCCCCCUGGGCCGGGUGACCAACACCCACGGGGGCCGGUACAGGUGCUACGGUGGACACAACCUCUCCUCCGAGUGGUCGGCCCCCAGUGACCCCCUGGACAUCCUGGUGGCAGGACGGCUCCCUGACACGCCCUCCCUCUCGGUGCAGCCGGGCCCCAUGGUGGCCUCAGGAGAGAACGUGACCCUGCUGUGUCAGUCAGGGAGCACAAGGGAAAGUUUCCUUCUGUCCAAGGAGGGGGCAGCCCAUCCCCCACUGCGUCUUACACCAAAGUUUCGAGGUGGGCAGUUCCAGGCCGAAUUCUCCAUAAGUCCUGUGACCUCAGCCCACCGUGGGACCUACAGGUGCUACAGCUCACUCAGCAGUCACCCCUACCUGCUGUCACAGCCCAGUGACCCCCUGGAGCUCCUGGUCUCAGCCUCACCCCCCUCAGACCACACGGUGGAGAACCUCGUCCGGAUGGGCAUGGCUGCCACGAUCCUGCUGGGCCUCGGGAUUCUGCUCUUUCAGGCUCGACACGGCCAUGGAGGAACCCCAGGUGCAGCCAGGAGCUGAGCACACGAGGGAGCCAUGCACCGUCCAGAGUGGUGCAGCCUUGGCCAUGACCUCCUGGGCCCAGGAGCUUCUGGAAGGACGUCUGCAGCCUGUGUUGUGUGAACUGUCUGCCGAGACCAUGGAGGGAGAGACAGGGUGUGGGUGCAGGCGCAGGUCUGGGAGUCCCUGGGAAGGGCUCUGCCUCUAGGAACCGUGGGGCUUUCCCUCCCCACCAUGGAGGCCUCUCCCUGACGGCCCCGUCUGCUCUCAGCCCUGUGACACGAGGCACAUCCUACAUGGUGGGUCUGUGUCCACACCUUACACACCUUCAUGCUCUGGUUCACUGUCAUGUAAUAUAUUUUGCUUUAUUUUAAUUUCCACCUAUUCUGGUGUGCUACUGUCUUCCAUCCCUGCACCCAGAAACAGAAUGUUCCUUAAGUAACUGAAUAAAUGCGUGAAAUAUGGGCCAAUUUUGGAACUGAUAGAUCCAAAUUUAUUCCCUAAAGUGCCCAGCACCUCAAGCCCUUCUCUCCUCAUCACAUGACACCUGGUAUAGUUUCUCCAGAAACACCAUCAGUGUGAAGCAACACCCUGGCAUUUGACGUGACAGCCAGCUGCUGUGCUGGUAAGCAGGCUUAGGAAUACAUCACUUUGUAAA